AUGGGCAUUGCUGAGGGCGACAGCAGCGCUGCAGGCGGGCAGAGCCCCACUGUGGCGCUGCGUCCGGCCUCUUCGCGGGCGGAGAGCAGCAGCAGUAGCAGCAGCAGCAGCGGGGCGGGCAAGCCGACGCAGCAGCAGCGGGUGUGCCAGCUGCUGCUCGAGCGCCACGGCAGCCGCGUCGUGCAGCUGCUGCUGCACAGCGAAGAUGGCAAAAAGCUGCUGCGGGCGUUUUUGGCUUUUGCCCUUCGCCCUGCAGAACAAGGCGGGGGAAACUUCUUGCUGCGGCUCGCAGAGAAGGAGCCGCUGCUGCUGAUGCCCGUGCUGCUGCGCAAGUCCAGCGAUCCAGAAGUUGCAAAAGGCCUCGCAGCUUGCUUCCUCAAGGGCCUCUCUUCUGCUGCUGCUGCUGAAGUGCUGCCAGUUGCUGCAGCAUUUGCUGAAGCUGUUUUGGAAAUGGUCAAAGAGGAAACAGAAGGAGCAGCAAAAGAAGCCCCUGACGCUGCUGCUACUGCUGCUGCUGCUGCUGAUCCUGCUGCUGCUGCUGCUGGCGAUAAGCGCGCCGACGGGGAGGGCCAGGACGAGAGUUUGCUGAGGCGGCCUUCGCGGGUGCAGGAGCUGAUACGGGAGCAGCAGCGCCGCUGCAAGCAGCAGCAGCAGCAGGAGCAGCAGCAGCAGCUGCUGCGCCACCGCAGCAGCGCGGCCGACUUGGCAGCAGCUGCGCAGGGCCCCAGAGCCCUUCAAGAGAAGCUCAUAAUCGAGGCCAUCAUAUUUGCUGCCAGCGAAAGCGCAACAGCAGCAACAGCAACAACAGCAGCAGCAGCAGCAGCAGCAGCAGAGGCGCAGAAACUCUGCGAACAGCUCGUUGAAUUCGCUCCAGCAGUUCUCACUCGAGUUAUUCAAAUUGAAGUCUCCAGGACUCAAGCAGAGCAAGCAGCAGGGGCGCAGGCUGCGCAGUCUACGGGGGAAGACACCCAGCAAAGCAGCAGCAGCAGCAGCAGCAGCAGCGGCGGCGGCGGCGGCGCCAAUAACAACUAG